UUUCCCCGGUCCCCGGCGCCGCCUCCUUUCCUCCCGACUCCCGGCUCCAGUGGCCGCCGCCCGGGGGAAGGAGAGACGGGGGUGGGGUUUGGGGGCCGAGAGAGAAAGAGGGAGAGAGGGAGAGGGAGCGGGAAAGAGGAAGGAGAGACCCUGGCUGGGCUGGAGCCCAGAUUUGGGGACAGGAGGGACGGGAGGAGGGACACGGUGGAGCAGACCGGAGUGGGGAGCGGGGAGGAGCGGCCGGGCCUGGGGCCUUGAGGCCCGGGAGAGCGGGGGAGCCGGGCCGGCGCGAGAUGCUGCUGCUGCUGCUGUUGCUGCUGCUGGCGCCGCUCUUCCACCGUCCUCCAGGCGCAGGCGGGGCGCAGACCCCCAAUGCCACCUCCGAAGGUUGCCAGAUCAUACACCCGCCUUGGGAAGGGGGCAUCAGAUACAGGGGCCUGACUCGAGACCAGGUGAAGGCCAUCAACUUCUUGCCGGUGGACUAUGAGAUCGAAUAUGUGUGCCGGGGGGAGCGCGAGGUGGUGGGGCCCAAGGUCCGCAAGUGCCUGGCCAACGGUUCCUGGACAGACAUGGACACACCCAGCCGCUGUGUCCGAAUCUGUUCCAAGUCUUAUCUGGCCCUGGAGAAUGGGAAGGUUUUCCUGACGGGUGGGGACCUCCCAGCUCUGGAUGGAGCCCGGGUGGAUUUCCGGUGUGACCCCGACUUUCAUCUGGUGGGCAGCUCCUGGAGCAUCUGUAGUCAGGGCCAGUGGAGCACCCCCAAGCCCCACUGCCAGGUGAAUCGAACGCCACACUCAGAGCGGCGCGCUGUGUACAUCGGGGCGCUGUUUCCCAUGAGCGGGGGCUGGCCGGGGGGCCAGGCCUGCCAACCCGCGGUGGAGAUGGCGCUGGAGGACGUGAAUAGCCGCAGGGACAUCCUGCCGGACUAUGAGCUCAAGCUCAUCCACCACGACAGCAAGUGUGACCCCGGCCAAGCUACCAAAUACUUAUAUGAGCUGCUUUACAAUGACCCUAUCAAGAUCAUCCUCAUGCCUGGCUGCAGCUCCGUCUCCACACUUGUGGCCGAGGCUGCCAGGAUGUGGAACCUCAUUGUGCUUUCCUACGGCUCGAGCUCACCAGCCCUGUCCAACCGGCAGCGAUUCCCUACAUUCUUUCGGACUCAUCCGUCAGCCACACUCCACAAUCCUACCCGAGUGAAACUCUUUGAAAAGUGGGGCUGGAAGAAGAUUGCCACCAUCCAGCAGACCACUGAGGUCUUCACUUCGACUUUGGAUGACCUAGAGGAACGAGUGAAGGAGGCUGGAAUUGAGAUUACCUUCCGCCAGAGUUUCUUCUCAGAUCCAGCUGUGCCUGUCAAGAACCUUAAGCGCCAGGAUGCCCGGAUCAUCGUGGGACUUUUCUAUGAAACCGAAGCCCGGAAAGUUUUUUGUGAGGUGUACAAGGAACGUCUCUUUGGGAAGAAGUAUGUCUGGUUCCUCAUUGGAUGGUAUGCUGACAAUUGGUUCAAGAUCUAUGACCCAUCUAUCAACUGUACAGUGGAUGAGAUGACCGAGGCCGUGGAGGGCCACAUCACCACUGAGAUUGUCAUGCUGAACCCUGCCAACACACGCAGCAUCUCCAACAUGACUUCACAGGAAUUUGUGGAGAAAUUGACCAAACGACUAAAAAGACACCCUGAGGAGACAGGAGGCUUCCAGGAGGCACCACUGGCCUAUGAUGCCAUCUGGGCUCUGGCAUUGGCUCUGAACAAGACAUCUGGAGGGGGUGGCCGUUCAGGUGUGCGCCUGGAAGAGUUCAAUUACAACAACCAGACUAUUACUGACCAAAUCUACCGGGCUAUGAACUCCUCAUCAUUUGAAGGUGUCUCUGGCCAUGUGGUGUUUGAUGCCAGUGGCUCGCGGAUGGCAUGGACACUUAUCGAGCAGCUACAGGGCGGCAGUUAUAAGAAGAUUGGCUAUUAUGACAGCACGAAGGAUGAUCUUUCCUGGUCCAAAACAGAUAAGUGGAUUGGAGGGUCCCCCCCAGCUGACCAGACUCUAGUCAUCAAGACGUUCCGCUUCCUGUCACAGAAACUCUUUAUCUCCGUCUCGGUUCUCUCCAGCCUGGGCAUUGUCCUAGCUGUUGUCUGUCUGUCCUUUAACAUCUACAACUCCCAUGUCCGUUAUAUCCAGAACUCGCAGCCCAACCUCAACAAUCUGACAGCUGUGGGCUGCUCGUUGGCGUUAGCUGCUGUCUUUCCCCUUGGACUGGACGGUUACCAUAUUGGGGGAAACCAGUUUCCCUUUGUCUGCCAGGCCCGCCUUUGGCUCCUGGGUUUGGGCUUUAGUCUGGGAUAUGGGUCCAUGUUCACCAAGAUCUGGUGGGUACACACUGUCUUCACAAAGAAGGAGGAAAAGAAGGAGUGGAGGAAGACCCUGGAGCCCUGGAAGCUGUAUGCCACUGUGGGUCUGCUGGUGGGCAUGGAUGUCCUCACUCUAGCCAUUUGGCAGAUUGUGGACCCUUUGCAUCGGACUAUUGAGACUUUUGCCAAGGAGGAACCAAAGGAAGAUAUUGAUGUAUCGAUUCUGCCACAGUUGGAGCAUUGUAGUUCCAAGAAGAUGAAUACAUGGCUUGGCAUAUUCUAUGGUUACAAGGGGCUGCUGCUGCUGCUAGGCAUCUUUCUUGCUUAUGAGACCAAGAGUGUUUCCACUGAGAAGAUCAAUGACCACCGGGCUGUGGGCAUGGCCAUCUAUAAUGUGGCGGUCCUGUGCCUCAUCACCGCUCCUGUCACCAUGAUCCUGUCCAGCCAGCAGGAUGCAGCCUUUGCCUUCGCCUCUCUCGCCAUAGUCUUCUCCUCCUACAUCACUCUGGUUGUGCUCUUUGUGCCCAAGAUGCGCAGGCUGAUCACCCGAGGGGAAUGGCAGUCUGAGGCUCAGGACACCAUGAAAACAGGGUCUUCGACCAACAACAAUGAGGAGGAGAAAUCCCGGCUGUUGGAAAAGGAGAACCGUGAAUUGGAGAAGAUCAUUGCUGAGAAAGAGGAGCGUGUCUCUGAACUGCGCCAUCAGCUCCAGUCUCGGCAACAACUCCGCUCACGACGUCACCCUACAACACCUCCAGACCCUUCUGGGGGCCUGCCCAGGGGGCCCUCUGAGCCCCCCGAUCGGCUUAGCUGUGAUGGGAGUCGAGUUCAUUUGCUUUACAAGUGAGGGUGUGUGUGUGUGUGUGUGUGUGUGUGUAUGUGUGUAUGUGUGUGUGUAGGAAAGUGAGGGGUGAAGGGAGAAGAGGAGGAGCAGGUAGGGGAUCCCUACUCCCAGAUAGGAAGAACAUGCCAGCCCGUCCCUUCUUGUGUAAAUACAUGCUCUUCUGUGA